AUGGGUUUCAGAAUCAUAUUUAAAAGACACUGUCGUGUACUUAAAUUAAAAUUGGAGGAAGAUGCACAAAAAUGUGCCGAUUCAAUUAAGAUGGUAAAGGUAAAGAUGUCUGGCUUCCGUCAUCCGGCAAACACUAUUAACAAUGCCAACACCGUUAACGGGAUAAAUAACAAAAGGGAGAAUAACUCAAACGACAUCAACAUUCAAAAAAAUAACGAAUAUACCUCUAAGAUAGCUAUCAUUGACAACGUCACCAAAAAGAUAAAGAAUAAUUCCAAUGAUGUCACUGUUGAUAACGUAAUUGAUGAAAGUAACGCGAUCACUAUUACGGAAACGACCAACAACACAUUGAGUAAGAACAAUGACUACAAAUAUCUAUUGUCCAGCCACAUUGGGAGGUAUGAAUGGAGCAACAUUCAUUUCCAUGAAAUAAACAGCAGAAAUCACCUCAAUGAUGAAGAUAUUAAUGAUAGUAAUGAAGAAACAAACAACUUCUUUGACAAAUUUAAUCAUCUUUUUGAAAAUAAUAUUUUGAAGAAAGAUAUAAAUGACAGUAACCUCAACAAGGUAAAGAAGAGAAAAAACACCAACCUUGACAAUACAAACAAUACUGAUAGUAGCAGCAAAAAUAAGAUUAGCGACGCUAACAUCCGCAAGCAGAGCUCUGGUGACGAUGACACUAAAGACAAAAACGCAGCUAGUAACUUCAAUAAUUUAAUUAACAAGGUAUUCUCUAGGACUGACAAUAUAAAGGAAAACAGUGGUAUCAAGAUCGAGAACAUCAGGCCCCUUGAAAGCAUCAAAUGGAAGAACCCCUGCAGGCUUUUCCAUAAAAUGAAGGAAAAGAGCAGUGACAAGAAUAUAAACCUGGAACAAAAGAUAGACAAGAGUGUCAACCAUAACGAUAAUGCCGACAAUGACAGCAUUCAAAACGAAUAUCGAACACUCGAUCCUAUGACAUUAAUUCAAGGUGAUUUGGUAAAUGAUAUUCUUUCUCUCGUCGAAGUACCAUCUGCUUCUUCUACCAAUUCUCUAAUUUAUGCAUCCCCAUUGACAAAUAUAGAGGAGGAUGAUAGUGCUGGUGGUUCUACCAUACAUGAGAAAAACAAUAAUACUCAGGAUUCAGAUCCAACGCCCUCAGAUUGGGAAUGGUACCUUGAGCGAGUUCGAGAUCAUAUCCAAAGUAGGAACGAUAAAAUUGAGAAGUUUAAGAGAAACUUCAAGAGAAUGAAAGAAGUUAUCGCAAUAAAUAUAUUUUACGAUGGGUGA